AUGAGUUUUCCAGAACAGGCAAAAACAGGAAGCAGCCUCCCUCGCAGCGUGCGCCUUCCCGUUCGCCCGCCGGUCCGCUGCCACCGGGCCGACUCCAGUCUCCGAGUGGUCCCGGGUUCCAAGACGGGGGUCCCCUCGGGCGUGACACCCCCACCCCCCGGGCAGCAAGCCGGGUCCCCGGCUCCAGAAAACACACCGACGCGGAAGGCGGGCGGCGUCUCCUCCGUCCCCAACCCACAGAAGUCCCGCGGAAACCCUCUCAGGUCACCUCUCUCGGUCCAUAAUCCUUCCUUCUCGCCGGCCCGGGGCCGAUGCAACCCGGUUGGAUCCCACACUCCUCCCCCUUCCCCCGCGCGCCGCCUGCCGCGAGCUUUCGACGUGGCCUCAGGGGCGCCGGGACCACCCUCCUCCCGGUGCCCUCAGUUCCACCAUGUCCGCCUCCCCCCGGCCCGGUCUCCUCACCGCCGCCGCCGCCGCCCUGGGGCCGCAGAUGUGGCGGUCCCGACCGUCUCCGGGCCGGGAACCGAGGGCGCCGCCUCAGCGGGCCGGCGCUCGGCGACAGCGAGCGCAGCGAGCCUAGUUCUGAGCGUGUGGCUCCCGCGUCGUCGGGCGACGGAGCGCGCGCUGAGAGGGCGGGCAGGCAGGCAGGGGAACGCGCGCGCGCUCGCGCGCUCGCGCGCACAGCCCAGAGGAGACGCGCGGGGGGCUCGCGGCCCGGAAGAGAGGAGGGGCGAUGACCCGGGAAAGGGUUGGCGCCGCGCGGGACAGGCUAGCGCGCCUUGGGGGGUGGGAGGGGAGGAGCCGGAGGGGCGGGGCCUCGCCGAGAGCCGGCCCCUGAGACCGGGGCUGAACGGCGCGCAGACCCUUCCAGUCCGACGGCUAGGCCCACAGAACGUCGGCCUACCUUCCUCCGUCGAGAUCCACGUGGGAGGCCUAGCUGACCCCCGCCAGCCUCCCGCCCUACCUGCUGCCUCGCCAUCGGGGGCCGUGCUUGGGCCUCCUCUUACCCUCUGUUCUCUCCUUGCCAACCUGCCCUCUGACAACCUCUGGCCACGAGUUCUAGACCUAGCUCUGCUCCGGCUCUUGAGAGAUGGGGUGGCGACCCGUGUCAGAUGGAAGGGAGACUUUGCAUUUAUGGACUGAUCCUCGUGUGGUAAUUUGAGGCACGUCCACUCUGUAGCUGGUUUGUGAUAUUUCAGGUUGUUUUUUUAGAACUCCUAGUUGGGCUGUACCCUGGCCAGGCCGGAAGCUCCCUCAGAGCAGAGGCUGCUUCCUGUUAACCGGUGUUCCAGCCUGGCACUGAGUACAGUGUCUUGCACAAAGGAGGGGCUCCAGGGAUGUUGGCCGAAUGAAUGAAACUUUGAGAGUCCAAGCUUUGCGUGACUGAGAUGUUUCUACUCCAGAGCUUCCGCCAUACAAAGCUUAAUCUUUGAGCAAAUACAGAUGUGGAAAGAUGAUCCAAUGAGAUGUUUCCAUAAAGAACAUGUUCCCACUCCACACCUGGACCAGGAGCAGCUCAAAACAUGGAACUAAAAAGGAAAGUUGGCGAGAACAAUAAACUAGCUGUGACUUCUGUAUAUAUCAUGAGCAACAACUGAAACACAAUGAGGGCAAUAGGUGUGGAAGGAAGAACAAAGUUG